GGCUGCACGCGUUGGCUGACGGGAGAGUGGCCAGCAAGGCGAGCGGCCGGCGUACCCCAUACCCGAGACCCGAACGUGAGCACCGAGGGUUCGAGUCCCACCCCCGCCCGGGGCGGAGCCGGCGAGGGGCCUCGCGGCAUUGCAGCCGCCGCUCUGAGCGCCCGCUUCCUUUGCCGGGCCCAGGACCGGGCAGCGGAGGCGGCCCUCGCGGGGGACCCCAGUCUGGGCAGCUGACCGACCGGACGAUGAGUGACAAGCUCGACAACGAAGGCCCUGUGCCCAUGGAGGGCUGCGACCAAGACAGCAGCAGUGCCCAGGGUAGCUCUGCAGCAGUAGCCCCCCAGGAGGAAGACAAGGAGGAGGAAGGGGGUGCUGAGGCGGCUGCAGAGUCCGUGCCUCAGCCAGGGCUCUACAGCUACAUCAGAGACGACCUGUUUACCUCUGAGAUCUUCAAGUUGGAGCUGCAGAACGUGCCCCGCCACGCCAGCUUCAGUGAUGUCCGACGCUUUCUGGGCCGCUUUGGCCUGCAGCCUCAUAAGACCAAACUCUUUGGGCAACCUCCCUGCGCCUUUGUGACAUUCCGCAGUGCUGCUGAGCGGGAUAAGGCCUUGCGUGUGCUGCAUGGUGCCCUCUGGAAGGGCCGCCCACUGAGCGUGCGCCUGGCCAGGCCCAAGGCUGAUCCUAUGGCCAGAAAGAGGCGGCGUGAGGAUGAGGGUGAGCCAGCAGCCACAUGUAUCGCAGAUGUAGUGACACCUCUUUGGACCGUGCCCUAUGCUGAACAGCUGGAGCGGAAGCAGCUGGAGUGUGAGCAGGUGCUACAGAAGCUUGCCAAGGAAAUUGGGAGCACCAACCGCGCCCUGCUGCCCUGGCUACUCUCACAGAGGCACAAGCACAACAAGGCCUGCUGCCCACUGGAGGGGGUUAGGCCAUCACCCCAGCAGACCGAGUAUCGUAAUAAGUGUGAGUUUCUGGUCGGCGUUGGGGUGGACGGGGAAGACAACACAGUCGGCUGUCGGCUUGGCAAGUACAAGGGCGGGACGUGUGCUGUGGCCGCCCCCUUUGACACCAUGCACAUCCCUGGGGCCACCAAGCAGGUGGUGAAGGCCUUCCAGGAGUUCAUCCGGUCCACUCCAUACUCCGCGUACAACCCAGAGACGUAUUCAGGCCACUGGAAGCAGUUGACUGUGCGCACCAGCCGCCGUGGCCAAGCCAUGGCCAUUGUCUACUUCCACCCCCAGAAACUGGGCCCUGAGGAACUGGCAGGGCUGAAGGCCUCCUUGGCGCAGCACUUCAUGGCGGGGCCAGGCAAGGCCACUGGGGUGACCUGCCUCUACUUUGUAGAGGAGGGACAGCGAAAGACUCCCAGCCAGGAGGGCCUGCCCCUGGAGCAUGUGGCUGGAGACCGGUGCAUCCAUGAGGACCUGCUUGGGUUGACUUUCAGGAUCUCUCCUCACGCCUUCUUCCAGGUGAACACUCUGGCAGCCGAGGUGCUCUACACAGUCAUCCGAGACUGGGCCCAGCUGGACACAGAGAGCACAGUGCUGGACGUAUGCUGCGGCACAGGCACCAUCGGCCUGGCUUUGGCCCCAGUGAGCUCUCCUUCCCCACUGAGAACACCCUCUCCCCACCCCACCCAUUCUGUCUUUUCCUGGCUUCAGAGAGUGAAGAGAGUCGUGGGGAUUGAGCUGUGCCAGGAGGCUGUGGAAGAUGCCCGGGUGAAUGCCCGAGACAACGAGUUGAGCAAUGUGGAGUUCCACUGUGGGAGAGCUGAGGACCUGGUGCCCACUUUGGUGAGCAGACUGGCCUCCCAGCAGCUCGUUGCCAUCCUGGACCCACCCCGUGCUGGCCUGCAUUCCAAAGUGAUCCUGGCCAUCCGAAGAGCUGAGAACCUCAAACGGCUCCUCUAUGUCUCUUGCAACCCCCGGGCGGCCAUGGGCAACUUUGUGGACCUCUGCAGGGCUCCAUCUAACCGGGUGAAGGGCACCCCCUUCCGGCCUGUCAAGGCUAUGGCUGUGGACCUGUUCCCGCAGACCCCACAUUGUGAGAUGCUCCUCCUAUUUGAGAGGGUGGAGCACCCCAAUGGCACAGGGGCCCUGGCACCCCAGGACCCUCCACCCCAACCCCCACCAGGGCCCCCAGUGGACACCGUACAAGAAACCAGGGCUGCUGCCUCUUGCUAGCUCCCUGGAGAACUAGAAUCUUGUCCUUUCAGAACAGGGGGUUCCCCAAGUCCUUGCCCCAGGAUGCUCAGGCAGCAUCUAGAAGGCACAAGACUUGGCUGUCCAUCUGUCCCCAUGGAUCCUAGGCUCCCAUAGCCUGUCCCCUACCACUCCUCCCCUUCUUUCUGGGUUAGCUGGGAUAUAAUGCUAGAAUAAAGAGUUUCUCAACUACUGA